UAACAGGGAACAUGUAUGAUGUGAAGGCUCGGCGGGAGGUGAUGAAGGUGGUCAUGUGACGCGGCUCUCGUGAAGGUGCGGGGUAAAGGUGACACACACACAGACAGAAGAGCGCAGGACUUCACACACCUCUCUCCUACCGACACACAAAAAUAAUGUCCAUUAGCAGGAAAAACUGGUCUGCUUUGUCAACGCUGGCUCGACAGUGGACUGUGGAGGAUGAUGAAGAAGUGGAGAGAGAGAAGAGGAGGAAGACCAGGGAGUCUACAACAGACACGGAUGAAAGUCCCACUGAAGAGACCAAACCACAAACCAGUAGUGUUAGCGGGCCUGCUGAUGAUGGCGACUCCGGUGGCGGUGUGGCCCAGCUGCAGAUGGACUUUGUGGAGAUGUUGCGUGUCCGUGAUGAACGGCGGAGGAUGAGGCACAUUGAAACGCUGAGGAAGAAUAAGGAGGAGGGGGGCAGCCUGGACGCGGAGCCCCAUGUGGAGCUGCUGGGGGAAACGGAGGACGAGAAGUUCCACAAGAACAUCCAGCAUCUCGUGGAGACCUUCAUGUCACCAGAACCUCCCACCAACUCCAGAGACGCAGAGACACAGGAGAAGCGAGAAAAUGGAGACACGAACCAAGAUUCAGCAUCAAAAAACUCCCAUGCUCCCCCAAAAGCAUCCCGAAAGUUCGUGAGCUCGCUCUCCAUCUCCUUUGAUAAGAGUCCCGCGUCACCCUCAGCAACCAGCAGACUGGUUUCUCCUCUGAGCCCCAAGUCUCCGCCCCCUCCGUCUGCAGGGGUGGGGUCACCACACAGCCCCGCCCACUCAGGGUCUGUGAGCCCCACAUCAGACGGAGAAACAGCGAGACAUGAAAAUGGGUCACCGAGCAAUUUCGAACCAGCUGCGAAACCUGCGUUCACCCGACAGAGCUCCAGAACGGUGUCCUUCAGGAUGAUGAAGAAGAAGGAGGAACAAAACAUGCCGUUACAGAGAAGUGCCAGUGUGCGGAUAGCAGCAAAGACCAUCGAGUCCAAUAAGAGCUCCAACCAAGAGGAGGAACAGCAGACCCCAUUUCAGAGGAACUCCCGACAAAGAUUAUCAUCUCGCACCAUUCAGGAGAAAAUGGAACGACUGGCUCAAGCCUCACAGAAAUGGGAAAUAUCCAAAUCACCAAUAGUUCCCAAAACUGUGGGAUUAGUGGAUGAGGUGUCAAGGAAGAGGGAGCUGUUUGAGAAAGAACAGGAGGGAUCAGAGAAAAGCCGUGUGCUCUCCAAACAGGAAUUUCGCAGUUUUUCUUCAGGAAUCUCUGAUCGAAUUAAUCGCUGGGUUCAGAAGAAUACAUUCACUGUGUCAUCGUCUCAUAGUCCUUCGGAUCUGAGACAUGUGAACAUCUCCAUUAAGAAAAGUCUGUUUGAAAGAGAAGAACAGGACCACAAGUGACAUUCUCAUGGCUGAAGGAAAAGCGAGAUUUCGAAGGAAGCGCGAUCGACUCUCUCAGACAGUCAACACCAAGGAUUGUCCAUAAACUCAUUUCCUUCUGCUCCUUUACGUUGGUUAAUUCCUCAGCACUUUACCUCUGAUUUACAUUUAUUUGGGUAAAUGCAAGGCUUACAUAACUGUUUUUUUGUACUGGUGGAUUGUGCGACUAAGACUGUAUUACAGUGUCUUUAUAGACUGAAAUUGAACAUCACAAGCUCUUUUUCUCCCUUACUGCCUCUGUGUUGGUGCCAGACACUCCAUUCCCUCUGACUUGAUAUAUGCGCUGUCGAUAAGUGAGUUAUCAGGAGAAAGAGGCAUAGUCUCUGACCCCUGACCUCAGCCAUAUCUCAUAACAGUCCAAGGUACAACUGUAAUAUCAUGAAUGUCUGUUUCAAUGAACUUUCUAAUAUGAGCUUGAUGAUUCAUAUUUAAUAAAGGCUAUAAAAUCAAACGCUGAAACUGA